AUGAACGCAUUCCGUACAAACGUCUUCCGCCGCACAAUGUCUACCGCAGCCUCUCUCAAGAACGCACGCAAGGUCAUUGCCAUUGGCCGCAACUAUGCAGACCACAUUGCCGAGCUUAACAGCGCCCGGCCCAAGCAGCCUUUCUUUUUCCUGAAGCCAUCUACCUCUAUUUUGCUGCAGGGAGAGGGUCCCGUCAUCCGGCCCAAGGGUGUCGAGCUGAGCUAUGAAAUUGAGCUCGCCCUGAUCAUGGGCAAGGACGUCAAGGACAUUGAGGAGUCCGAAGAGGCGGCCAUUUUCGAUGCCAUUGAGAGCUACGCUCUCAGCAUUGAUAUGACUGCAAGAAACGCACAGUGGGAGGCCAAGAAGAAGGGUCUUCCGUGGUCCAUCUGCAAGGGCUUUGACACCUUCCUUCCCAUCAGUGGCCCCAUCCCCAAGUCCAAGAUCCCUAACCCUCACAACAUUGAGAUCUCGCUGUCCGUCAACAACGAGAUCAAGCAGCAGGACAACACCAACCUGUUCCUGUUCCAGAUUCCCCGCGUGGUCAGCGAAAUCUCCAAGGUCAUGAAGAUUGAAAAGGGCGACAUCAUCAUCACCGGCACACCCAAGGGUGUCGGCCCGGUUGUGCCCGGCGAUGUCAUGAGAGGUGUCAUCAAGGUCGACGGCAAGGAGAUUGAGGAGUCCAAGAUUGAGUUCCCCGUUGAGGAGUCCACCAGCACCUACGUCUACGCUGAGACGUAA